AUGGCACCCUCAAAACCCUUUGAUGCCGAAGCUGCCCUUGACUAUAUGCUCUUACUUAUCUCGAACUCAGAAUUCAAGCCUGACUUCCAUGCAACUGCAGUGGCUGCGGAUAUUGCAAGUGCAAACAAUGCACAGAAGAAAUUCAAAAAGAUCGUCGAGCAGGGUGGCAAAUACAAGCUUGUCAAGGGCAAGGUCGUUGCGGCUGAUGCUGAGGAGGAUGAAGACGAAGCUUGA